AUGUCAAGAGAAGAACUUGAGGCUAGGGAGCACAGAUAUUUUACAGAUUUUGUUAAAAAAUUAGAACAAGACUUUGGUUCUAAAAACUUAAGUUAUUUCGAAUUAAAUUUGGAAACAUGGAGGCAAUUGUGGAGAGUAUUAGAGAUGUCAGAUAUUAUUCUCAUAAUUGUUGAUAUUAGAUUUGCUGCUUUUAUGUUUCCUCCAUCUUUAUAUAAAUAUGUUUGCGAAGAACUGAAGAAAAACAUGAUAUUAAUUCUUAAUAAAAUUGAUUUGGUUUCUCCAAGUUUAGUGGUAGCAUGGAAACAUUAUUUUUUAUCUAAUUAUCCGACAUUAAAAAUAAUUACAUUCACUUCAUAUCCAUCAUAUAAUCUUCGAAGUACAACUGAAAAUAAAUCAGGAUUACAAAUUAGAAGAAGAAGAGGUAAAUUGAGAAUGGCUGCAGAAGGUGCUCAAAAAUUAUAUGAAGCUUGCAAAGAAAUUACUCAAAAUCAAGUUGAUUUGACGUCUUGGAAUAAUAAAAUAACUGAAGAAAUGUACAACACAUAUGAUGAUGACGAAUGCAACAUUAAUGUUGUCACCGAAACAAUAGACACUGGAUAUAAGGAACAUGUGAAAUACAAGGGAGGAAGUUUAACUAUUGGUUGUAUUGGUCAACCCAAUGUUGGAAAAUCAUCACUAAUGAAUGCUAUUAUGGGAAAAAAAGUAGUGAGCGUAUCUAGAACUCCUGGUCAUACGAAACAUUUUCAAACAAUUUAUUUAACUAAAAAUGUUAUUUUAUGUGACUGCCCCGGUUUGGUGUUUCCCAGCACAACCCCCAGAACACUCCAAGUGACGUAUCCGAUCGCACAAGUUCGAGAGCCUUACACAGCAGUAAAAUUUUUAGCAGAACGACUCGAUUUGCCAAAAUUAUUGAAUAUUCAACAUCCGGAAAAUGAUCAAAUUUGGUCGGCCAUUGAUAUUUGUGAUGGAUGGGCUAAAAAAAGAGGAUUUUUUACUGCGAAAACUGCCAGGCCAGAUACGUACAGAGCAGCAAAUAAUUUAUUAAGAAUGUCGCUGGAUGGUCAAAUAUGUCUUUCAUUUAAACCCCCUGGAUUUUUCGAUAAACAAGAGUAUUGGAAUAGUCAUCCAGAAGUGACUGAAAUAUCUUGGAUUCAAGCAAAAGACAAGGCGUGUAAAGAACAAGAAGAAAGCGAUAGCGAAAGGAGUAAUUCUUCGUCUGGUGAUGAAAAUUCUGAUUCAGAUGAUGAAAGUGAUGAUUCGAGCGAAGACAUUAGUCAACCACUUGUUUCUAACAAAUUUGAACUUUUACAAUUGAAUCAAGACUGA